CAUCCGCCCUACCUGGGUCAUGCGACAUCGACUUAGCUAAAAGAACAAAUUACGCUCUCUUCUUAAAAGUCAUCUUGGAAAAGGACAUUGUUAAAGAAAUAAAAUCACAGAACGUUCACAGCGUUUUUAAAAUUCUUUUGGAUACAUUCUUGUAAAGUUUGACCUAUACACCCUUCUGAGCAAAUUAGACGUUUUCCGGCACACAGUUAGCCCAACAGCUAAAUGGCUGAUGGCGAAAGAUGAUGGAACAAAAUAGGAGUUCGUUUGAAAAUAUACUUAAAAUUAUUUUCAAUUUAAAUUCAACAAAACAAAUUUAUGUAUCAAUGUAAUUAAUUUUUUUACGCAAUAUGUGAAGGAGUGCUCUCCUUGCUGGGCAGCGCAGGCUCAGUUAGACGUUCGCCACACUAAUAAGAAGGCGAUUCUAUUCACUUGUAACUCAGUUGAUAAGCAGAAGCUGCAGCGAAAACUAUGUUGGCGGAUAGUGCAACUUUCACUUUAGCUAUCUUAAUGGGAACGUCUGUGGUGCUUGUUUUGUCUUCAAGUUUGUCGGAAGUUAACCCGAUUAACAGCGGACCUUUCGCGACGCCUUUGGGAUGCCACCGUCGGGUAUAUACGUAUAAAGUGACACAGUCCGAUCUUCAAGGACACGAGUGUUGGGACUAUGUAAGCGUUUGGUCUUGUUGGGGACGAUGUGACUCAGGCGAAAUUUCCGAUUGGAAGUUUCCUUACAAGCGUUCGUUCCAUCCUGUCUGUGUCCACGCCCAGCGGCAGCCAGUUGUAGCUAUCCUGAAGAAUUGUCACCCUAAAGCAAAGAACAGCGUAAGCAAGUACCAGUACAUGGAAGCAGUGAACUGCCACUGCCAGACGUGCUCCACACAGGAUACCAGCUGCGAGGCUCCGGCCAAUAAUGAAAUGGCUGGGGGUAGCAAGGCAAUCAUGGUAGGUGCCGAUACCAAAAACUUGGACUAUUAAGGCGAGUAUGGUUCCUUACUAAAUUGUGUAGUAAUGUGAUGGCUUUAUCUGCAAAAACAUUAAGUCAAUGCAAAAAUGCUUAAUAUAAAACAACUUAAUAAAUAAAAAUUAAAAUUAGA